CACAAGGAUCGCAGGAACAUUUUACUACCACUUAAAGUACGCGACAUUUAAAAGCAGAGUGAAAACAAGAUGGCCUGGACGAAAUGGCAAUUCGUGCUCGCGCUUACGAUGGUUGUUACGGGCUCGAUUAACACUCUGAGUACAAAGUGGGCCGACAACAUCGAAUCCGAAGGCUCGGAUGGACAAGUGCGACGGUUCGAGCACCCGUUUGUGCAAGCCUGUGCCAUGUUCAUCGGCGAAUUCCUUUGUUUACUCGCAUUCAAAGGCGUUUACUACCACAUGCGUCGCAAGAACAAUGGAGCUGAAGAUCGGCAUGACCUCGUGCGCGGCAAUCGCGAGUUUAGCCCCUUUGUCCUGUUCGUGCCGGCCAUGUGCGAUAUGCUGGCCACUUCCAUUAUGUACGUCGGGCUGAAUCUGACCUAUCCCUCUAGUUUUCAGCUGCUGAGAGGAUCAGUUAUAAUCUUUGUGGGCAUACUGAGUGUUGCAUUCCUAAACCGGACACUCGUGAAACGAGAAUGGAUUGGAAUCGGUUUCAUAAUGGUAGGUUUGGUAGUGGUCGGAAUGUCCGACGUGGUAUCGAACGAUGACACCGGUUCCCAGUACACUCGCAAUAACGUUAUCACCGGCGACUUGCUGAUCAUACUGGCACAAAUAAUCACCGCCGUCCAGAUGGUGUAUGAGGAGUACUAUGUGGCUGGCUUAGAUAUUCCCGCGUUGCAGGCUGUUGGAUGGGAAGGAUUCUUUGGGUUCUCAGUGCUCGGUUCGUUGCUGCUACCGAUGUACUUCAUACGCGUGAUGUCACCGUUCAACAACAAUGCCCACGGUGUGCUGGAGGAUCUACCGGAUGCUCUGGCGCAGAUCAAGAACAACUACCAACUGAUCCUUGCGAUCGGUGGAACGGUUGUGUCGAUCGCAUUCUUCAACUUUGCCGGUAUCAGUGUCACGAAGGAAAUAUCCGCCACCACCCGUAUGGUGCUUGAUUCCGUGCGUACGCUCGUCGUGUGGAUGGUUUCGUUGUUGCUGGUGUGGCAAAAGUUCCACUACCUACAGUUGAUCGGGUUUGCGGGGCUUCUGUUUGGCAUGUGCCUGUACAAUGAUAUUCUGGUGCUGCAAACGUACCGGCGCGUGAAGGUUGCGCUGUUGCUUCGCAUAGGACGGCAGUCGGCUGAUAGGAUGAGCGAGGUCAUUAUUAACCGGCAGGCCGAUGAACCGGACCGUUAGACUGAAGCUGUGCGACUGAAGGAUAUCUGCGUGCGGAGCUGGCAGCAGUUGUCCCCAUGGGAUUCGUUUCUUACGUGUUUAAUGUUGUAAUUCUUCUUUUGAUACUCAUAGAAGCGUGUAUCAAAAGUUCAUCUCACUGAUCGACUCUUUACUGGUAGGGGAAUAAAAUUGUAACUAAAACAAA